CUUUUCCUUCCAAGCAGCCAAGAUGACGUUGGUACUGCCAGAGAAGUUCCAGCACAUCUUGCGUGUGAUGAACACCAACAUUGAUGGCAAACGCAAAAUUGCGUUCGCCAUGACCGCAAUCAAAGGUAUCGGUCGCCGCUACUCACAUGUGUGUGCCAGAAAGGCUGACAUCGACCUCAGCAAGAGGGCCGGAGAGCUCAGUGAGGAAGAGGUUGAGCGUAUGAUGACCAUCCUGUCCAACCCUCGCCAGUACAAGAUUCCUGACUGGUUCCUGAACAGACAGAAGGACGUCAAGGACGGCAAGUACACCCAGGUCAUGUCUAACAGCCUGGACAACAAGCUCCGUGAAGAUCUGGAGAGACUGAAGAAGAUCAGGGCCCACAGAGGGCUCAGGCACUACUGGGGCCUGCGUGUGAGAGGUCAGCACACUAAGACCACUGGGCACAGAGGUAGAACUGUGGGUGUGUCCAAGAAGAAGUAGAGUGGACUAUAGUAUAUAUGUGGACUUUUUCAUAAGCAUCAAGUGAAAAUUGGUCAUGAAUCCGUGAAUUUUUGCCAUGACCAAAGCAAUGUGAAGCUGGAAUGGUGUAUUUUACACUAAAAUACUAAUAAAAAGAUGUACAUUGUGGAAUU